AUGGCUGAUAUUGAAGCUCAGGUUGCUGUUGACUCGGAUGAAACCGACUCGGCAUUUGGCGACGACUCGGCAUCCGAGACCACGUCCCUCAAGUCCGCCGUAUACAACUACAAGUACCGCAACGGCCGGCGAUACCAUGCGUACAAGGAAGGAGCAUAUUGGGGUCCGAAUGACGAGACACAAUCAGAUCAGUUGGAUAUAACGCAUCAUAUCUGUCUCCUCUUGCUCGACGGCGAGCUGUUUUUGGCUCCGAUCAAGGAACAGCCUAUGCAUGUCUUGGAUCUGGGAACGGGCACUGGAAUCUGGGCUAUCGACUUUGCCGAUAGAUAUCCAUCAGCCGAGGUCAUAGGAACCGAUCUUAGCCCCACCCAACCAUCCAUGGUCCCACCCAACGUGCGCUUCGAAAUCGACGACUUCACUGAGCCGUGGCUAUUCAAGAAAGAUCAUUUCGACUUCAUACACAUGCGAUCACUAUAUGGGUGUGUAGCGAACUGGGCGACCUUCUAUAGAGAAGCACUGGAUGCCCUCCAACCCGGCGGCUACGUCGAACAGCUCGAAAUCAGCGUUGUACUAAAAUCCGACGACGGCACCGUCACCUCCGGUUCCAUCUUCGACCGCUGGGGCAAGAUCUCGCUCGAACUCGGUGACAAAUUCGGCAAAUCUCUCCGCACAGUCGACGAAUCGCGUGCGGGGCUCGAAGCAGCAGGCUUUGUCAACGUGGUAGAACGGCGCUGGAAGUUGCCGGUAGGAGGAUGGCCGGCGGAUAAGAGGUUCAAGGAGUUGGGCCAGUACAAUCGGAUUAACUGGGAGCAGGGCAUCGAAGGGUGGAGCUUGUACCUGUUGACGACGGUGAUGAAGUGGAGUAAGGAGGAGGUUGAGGUUUAUCUUGCGCAUAUGAGGACAGCGCUGAGGGAUCGGAGUAUCCAUGCUUAUCAGGAGAUCGCUGGUCUAUGGACAGAAGCCGCCGAGGCCAAGGAAGGAUGA